AUUAGUCAGUUUCACGUCAGUUUCAGUUUGUUGGACGCAUGUUGACAUUAGUGUUUUGGAAAAACACUGAAAAAUACUUGCUCGAGUAAAAUUUAAAUAAACAGCAAUGGCAGAUGUAUCCCUUGAGGCCCCAGAUUUCUCCAAGUUAAAAGUACCUGAUUUGAAAAAGGAGCUCAAAAGCAAGGGCCUGAGCACCACAGGUAAUAAAACCGAACUGAUCCAGCGACUGCAGUCAUCCCUCAAGUCCCCCAAAGCCGGUCUUUCUGAUUCCAUCAUCGAUGACAUCGAGGAAGAUCUUCUAAAUGACGAAGGCGACGAUGAUGAGCAUAUUGACGACAGAGCGAUCAACUUAAUCAAUGAACUUGAUCAUGACCUGGAUGAUCUACCAAAAAGCUUGAAAAGGAAAGCGGAAUCUGAAAGCGAGCUAAUAGUGGGCCCCCCGAAAAAAAUCAUCCUAAAGAGAAAUACCAGUGAAACUGUAGCAGCUGUGGUAAAACCGGAGGUGAAAAGCGCAGACACUACAACCAUCGAAAAACAUGAGGUUAAAAGUGAACUGAUUGGCGACAGGAAAGUUAUCAAGCUAACUGAGCUUUCCAUUAAAGAGAGGUUGGAAAUGAGGGCCAAAAAGUUUGGAGUCACAUCUUUGACUGACGAGACAAAGAAGCUGGCCAGAGCGGAAAGAUUUGGGUCUACGACAACAACAUCCAAUAGCUCAGCCAGCAUUAAGUUAAAUACUCCUAACACAAGUAUUGAUGUACUGAAGCAAAGAGCAGCGAGAUUUGGAGGAUCCGUGUCCAAUGUUAUGUCCAAUUUGGAAAACCAGGAGAAAAAAGAAAAGCGGAAAGAACGUUUCGGCGGAACAACAUCCAGUGUAAAAUCACCUGUGGAAAUUGACCUGGCUAAAGCAGCAAGAUUGGAAAGGUUUAAAACCACUGUUAAGUAAGAGCAUUGACCAUGUUUUUCUACCGAUCACUUUAAAUAUUUCAAGGAUAAAAUGUGUUAGUUUGUAAGAAGCUUAUUGAAUUUUGUGUUUCCAUCUUCUAAUUGCUUAGGUGUGUGUAUUAAUAGAGUUUUUUUUUAUUAAUAAGGCAUUUGAGCUUUUCGUUUUCUUUGCGGCCUAAGGCCAUAAAUAACCAAUGUUUACUUACGUGCAGAAAUGUAAAUUCAAGUGUCCAUUUAUUAGGCAGUAGUUUCUUGUUGUGUGAAUUAAAUUAUGUCAAUGGAUAUUCUGGUAAGGAACGGUAGUUGUGGGCUUUUUAGGGAUACAUCAAGUAAAAACUGAAUAGUUGAGGAA